CCCAUUUUUUUAUUGGGUUGUUUGUUUCUUUUGACAUAGAACUGCAUGAACUGUUUGUAUAUUUUGGAGAUUCCAACUGUAAACCAUUUGUGCAGAUACUCCAGUGUGUACCAGUUGACUCUCAGCCCCAGUAGAUUUGUAUGUACCAACAUGAAAUGAUCUCAAAGACACAUUCCUUGGUGAAAAAAAAUCAAAUUGCAUAGCAGCAUCUAUACAACGAUUUUAUUUAUGUAAGAAGAAUCAAAUGCUAUUGUGUGUUAAAAAUAUGGAGAAAAAAGACUGAAAGAAUAUACUCCAGAUUAUCUCUGGGAAGGGGGUGGUUUCAUUUGGGUAGAGUGGGGUGGUGAUGGUUAUAAAAAUUACUGUCUUAUCCUGUAUACUUUCAUAUUAUCUAAAUAUUUUAAGGUGAGGAUACAUCCAUGUGUAACUUGUAUAAUUAGAAAACUAAAAUAGAAGGAGGCCUCAGGGAAUAAGAAUGUGUUUGUGUCUCCAGACCAUCCAGAGAAGAGGUUGCUCUGAUGUGUGGUUCCUGAAUAUCCAUUCUCUGAUUCUGUGCACCUUUAUUGAGAGCAUCAGGUUCAAAGUUUGAUGCCGUUAAGAUUGUCUAAGUAGUCCACUCUUUCUCCAGUUCUGUGCUUCCUAAGGAGUGUCCUGAUGACAACAGUUUGGUUCCCCUACAGUUUUUCUAUAUUGGAGAGAAUAUAUUAACCAGCUGGACAUUAAGCAUAUAAAAUUUUCACUGUAAACUGGUGAAGUGACUUUAUGUUUUCUACAUCACUCUCCUUGUGAAUUUGAUUAGUACACAUCAGAUUUUGAAGCAUUUUUUGGCUUCAAGGGUGAGGGCUAGGUCCUGGAUCAUGAUGCUAUAGUGAAAUUACUGUCCAAUGGGGGCUUCUUCCUUAAGGACCACCUCUGUCUUAUUUUUAUGUAAACAAAACAGUGAUAUCUUAUUUUCUUUCAUUAAGCAGAACUCUAGUUUUCAAACCUAGAUCCUUCCCAGUUGUACCUAGGGGCUGAAUGUUUUGGAGAGAAAGAGAGGUCCAAAGAGACACCUAUCAAGGUGAGUGAAUAAGGAAGGAUAGGUGAGAUGGACCUAGCAAAAGUUACAGCCUGGAUCACCUUUGAAAUCUUGAAAGAGGAACUCUUCAAUUAUCACUGGUCUGCCAAGGUACUGAUUAUAGGCAACCUAAGGAAAUAUAAUUACUUUUCACCCAUUUUUGAGGACUAGAAACGGUAGGUGAGUGGUAAUUUUCCCCAACACUUAACUUACCCAAGAUUAAUAUACUUAUCCCUUUCACAUUCUCCUGCUAUUUAUCACUCUGGAUGAUCCUAAAUUACCUGGGUCAGUUUUUAGUAUUUGAGUGUUUCAGAAUCAAUUACAAUAGGGAAGUUUAUAGAUUUACCAAAACCUGUCACUUCUUAAUCUCUUUCUCCCAAUCACCUAUUCUAAUCUUUUCCCCAGGUCGUUGUGAUCUUCUUUCUCUAUUACUGAGAAGAGAAUAAAAAUCAGGACUUCACAAUGCAGGUCCUCUCUUCUGCACGGAGGACAUUUUCCUUUGUGAAUGUUUUUUUCAGGCAAGAAAAUCAAGCCUGAUGGCACAGUGUUAAAUGACUUGAAAAGACAUGGAGGGUCAGAGAGCCUGGUCAUCAGGGGUUCACAUUAGGAGAAGUUGAAGAUGCAUGCUGAAUAAGGACUAGAAGGGGAAAUCCUGCAGGAAUGACUGGGAGGACACCAUAUGCACACAGACCUUUCACAGGAGAACAGUGUUACUCUAAGGAUAAUCAUCUUUGAGAAAGUACCUUGUAAGUAUUCUGAAUCUGAGAGACAGUUUCUUUUAAACUGGAACCUAUUAGACACCCCCUUCAUCGUGUUACAAAAAGCAUGAGUUCCAGCCAGAUUUCACUGCAAGUGAAACAUCAGAGACUUAAAAGACAGAAGAAACCUUCCAAGUGUAGUGAAUGUGGAAAGUUUUUUACUCAGAGAUCGUCUCUUACCCAGCAUCAGAAGAUUCACACGGGAGAGAAACCCUAUGUUUGUACUGAAUGUGGAACUUGUUUCCGGAAACAGUCAAAUCUUACUCAACAUCUGAGGGUUCAUACGGGAGAGAAACCUUAUAAAUGUAAUGAAUGUGAGAAAGCCUUUCAAACAAAAGCAGUUCUCGUCCAGCAUCUGAGAAUUCAUACUGGGGAGAAACCCUAUAAAUGCAAUGAAUGUGGCAAAGCCUUUUGUCAGAGUCCAUCCCUUGUUAAACACCUGAGAAUUCAUACUGGAGAGAAGCCCUAUAAAUGCAGCGAGUGUGGCAAAGCCUUCAGUCAGAGCAUAUGCCUUACUCGUCAUCAGAGAAGUCAUUCUGGAGAUAGACCUUAUAAGUGUAUUGACUGUGGGAAAGCCUUUAAUCAGAGUGCGUGCCUCAGGCAGCAUCAGAGAAUCCACUCAGGAGAGAAGCCCUACAUAUGUACCAAAUGUGGUAAAGCCUUCAUUCAGAACUCUUCCCUUGUUGAACAUGAGAGAACUCACACUGGAGAGAAACUUUUUAAGUGUAGUGAGUGUGAAAAAACCUUCCGCAAGCAAGCACACCUUAGUGAACAUUACAGAAUUCACACUGGAGAGAAAGCUUAUGAAUGUGCUAACUGUGGGAAAUCCUUCAGGCACAGCUCAGCGCUUGCUCGACAUCAGAGGCUUCAUGCUGGGGAAUAAAACUCGGGAUAUAACUAGGGUGGAAAGACUUGUAUCAAUAUGAAAACACUUCUUUUAUUUUCUAAAUUCUUAAGAGAUUAGGACUCAAAUCUUCACCUGGGAUGAAUGUUUUGUAUGUUGAGCACAAGGCAAUGUGUCGUAAAAAUUAAGAAAAUAGACUCAGAACUAGAUAGUCUUAAGUUUGAUGGCUUCUCUGCCACUUAAUGGGUGUCUGACCUUACCGCCCUGAGCCUCAGUUUUUCCCAUCCUCCCCAAAGAAUAAUGAGGAUACUUACUAGGUUGUCUUGAGAAUAAAAUGAGUGGUAUAUAAUAACUAACUGCCAGUAAUUGGUUUUGAGUGAUAGAUGUUGCAAAAGUUUAUAAAUCUGGUUAUUGAAAACAAAGGUCAAUUUUUUGUUUAUCAUAAUGUAUUUUUUCUUAAGAAUAUCCUUGUAAUUGGGCUGUGAUUUCAUACUUAAUCUACAGGCUAUUUAAAAUAUAACAUAUAGAUUUAAAUAGGAGAACACAUUUAAGACCAGUUUCUCCUUGAAAAAAUUCAGAUUUAAUCAGAGAAAAAAGAAAUGAUUGGGAUUUGAGUGGACAUUUUGGGUACUCUGAAUAGUUUUAUGUAGAUUUUGAUACCUUCCAUUGUUGGGUCUAAUUUCACUUCAAGCUCUGGACUUCUCGUUUCCAUGAAAAAGGAAGCCUCACUAACUAACUGAGUAAAAACUCGUGUUCAGGACUUUUGUGUGUGUUUUGAGGUGGAGUGGAAUGAGGAGAAGACACAGGAGAAUAGAGAGGGGGCAUAAGACAGAGAAUAUAAGCCUGUUGAUGAGGACGUGGCUUUAUUUGUUUUGAAAUCUAGGAGCACAACACUAAAGGGGAGCCUCUUAAGGGAAGAGGAGGGUAGGAGACGUUGAGUUCCUAGGCGCCAGCAGGUGGGGCCUACAUGAGAAUAGCGUCUUGGGGAUAAGUGGGUGGGGAUGCCUCACAACAAAGAAUGGCUUCUUAGAGCUCAAAAGAAGCAAACAAAUCAAAGGAU